GUGGGCUUUUAGUCUUUGGAACCGCAUGGGCUGCAUGCGGAGCGUUCUUGCUCACGCCGCCAGCAGCGAGAUCCUUGACCAAACGGACCUACACCCCGGCGGAGAUCGGUUUCCCCCUGACUACCGAACUGCGCCUCUCCAUCUCCGCUCCCCAGACGCUGUGCGUGCGCUCUGCACUCACUGGGGAGGACUUGGGGAUGGCAACCCUGCAGCCGGAGAUGUCCAUGCAGCAGAUCAAAGAAGCCAUUGCAGAAGCCACCCAGGUGCCAACCUACCAGCAGCGCUUGCUCUUUCAGGAGCAGCAGCUGGCUGAAAGCUUGGAAAGCUUCGUGAAGGCGCUGAACGAGCAAGACGAGGACUGUGACGACCACGCGCGUGCUUUCCGCGUUCCACGCGCUUUCGGCCGGCGCGAGGUGUGUCUGACACUGGUCAAGGACGUCACCGUGACGAAUGUGGCUGGAACUCAUUUGGUGCAGUAUCCGAACUGCACCUGCACCCCGGGCCCCAACGAAGCCUGCUGGGGCUACAGGGGCACCGUGCAGGAGGUCUGCCCUCGCUGUCAGGAGAGGCUGACUGGCAAACAGAUCCGCACCACAGAUGGCUGCCGGAGGAAUGGAGAUGGCUAUGGCUUUGCGGCCUGAAUCGCAUUGGCCAAGGAGGGAGAUCGCAGACCAGGACCCGACUUCACAGGUCACCACCUGCGACCUUGAAGUCUCCAUUUCAGCCUCCAUUUCGUGGAAACUUCCUGGUAUGGGGUCUAUUGGACCUGCCAAAGCUGUGGCCUUGUACAAAAGCACGGUUGGGAUGACGCCUGAACUCUGAGGUUUCUGUUUCGCCCGCAGAUCUGCGGCCCCUGAUUUCAUCAACAUCAACCGACCCCGACUGCUGUGCCAAAGAUGCCAGUCCCAUGGAGACUUGCUCGCGUGCGACAAAGGGGUUCGACUUGUGCACCGCCAAGAGGAGGAACCAAAGGAUGUGUUUGGGCUGGAGUUCCCUAUAGUUGGAGCUGCACUACCUACCCACCUAGCUGGAAGAAUGCGGACAUGCCAACCGAAUUCUUUCCAGAAUGUGGGGGAUCUACAGGUUGUGUCACUCUGGUUUUUCCAUCCACCGCCGCGGUGGACGGAUCGAGGACGCCGAAGCGGCCUCGGCAUCCGGCGCAUCGAAUUCGUGGGGGUCUGAGAAGUCGAAAGCUGGACAUCGAUC